AGGUAAGGUAGCUAAGGUAAGCUGUGUCUGCCGACUUGGCUUGAAUGGUGACGAUUUUCGACGACAUAGCAUCAAUCCAACCCAAAUAGACCGACGAUACCUUGGCUGGCGUGAGAAACUACCGUCCAUCAGCAACCCGCAAAGUGCAUCGAGCAUUAUACUUGGCUUCAACCGAAGUCGCAUUACGAAAUGGUGUCCUUCUUCGGCUUCGGCCGCCCAUCGCGCGAGGAACGCGAGCGCGAACCUCUACUGCCGCGUUACAACGACGACACAGCCUUGCAGCAGCGACUGCACGAGAAACUGCACACGUACCAGAUGCUUCGUGCCAUCGGGAAGGGUUACAUGCCAUCCAAUGAACAGCUUAUUGUCAACCUGCGCAGUCUACUAUCUGCUGACGUCCUCAACCCUGAUACCCCCGAUCUCAGCGACUCUGGGCGAGCCCUGGUUCUCAACGUCAAGCUUUUGAUCAAGCAACUUAUCGAGCUCCUAUUACACAAGAAUGACAAGGACCAGAUUCAAGAUUUCAUCUGGUAUCUCACCAAGGCUCGUCUGUCAGUUGACGCGUACGACAUCGGUGCACGAGCAUCCAAGGCAAAGGCCAGAGCCGACACUGUAGCAGCGUACAAAAGCUUACAAACGGUGGGCUCCUUGAUAUUAACCAACUCGGAUUUUCGCCUGCUACUUUCGGAUCUGAGCACUAUUGGCCGAGAGGUCUUCCGCGAUACUGCGUUCACCCUGUCGGACGUCUCGAAGCAAGCGGCCAAGGAUAUCGAGCCAUCAAAAGAGGAAGAAGAAGCCGUCAAGUACCCCAACGGGGAUUCGAAGCCUCCCCCGACCAAGGACGAUUUGGAAGAUGAGGUCGUCGACAUCGCAAAGGUUGUCACUGACGGCGUCGCCCGUGUCGCCGACGAAGCGGGUCAGAGCCUGACGGACCAUGUCACCGGCGACGAACAAGAGACCUUGGUACACAGGCUCAAGAGCACCAUUGUCAAUUUGCGAGAGAGAAAAGACUACUCCGACUCGGUAUCGACUCUCUCAUUACUCAUCCGGCGAUAUUUGUUGGCCUAUUCGCACGCAGUUUCCGACACCAUCCAGGUCGCUCGAGAAGACAUCGACACCAAUCCAGAGGCCGAUCGUGCACUCCACAAUUUCUGGCUAUUCUUGUCGUCUUUGGGUAACCGUGAGCACUGGAAUGAUGUUGAGGCCCAGUUCAAGGCGGUCAUGGAACAUGGCCACAGCGAUCCAGAAUUUGACAAUCUUGUCAGACAGAUCGGCAAUUUGCUCCAGGACAUACUGACGGAUCCUGACUUCUUCGAUCACGCCGAGGACCGCUUCAAGGAACUGAGAGCCAAGUCAAGACAGUUGACAUCCGAGUCCUCAAUACGCGAUGAUCUUGAUGCGUUGUUGGAGAAGGUCUAUCUUGCUCUGAAUUCCGUGCUUCAGGACACAGAUAUCAAGAAGGCCAUGAACACCACCAGAAGAAUCUUGCGAAUUCUGUCACCUGCACAUCAGUACACCAACGGCGAAUUGGUGGCAGACUCCAUCAACGUCUUCAUACCCAUGGUAGUGCAAGCAAUUCAGUACAUCCCGAUUCCUCGGGUGGAAGUAUCGGCGCCGGCUAUCGAUCUCCUUUUAGAGAACCUUAUUUUGGAGCCCGGGCGCACCGUCAACAACAGUUCCUUCCUACCAUUUAAGAUCAAUAUCUCCACACAGAAUGAUGUCGAGAUCCGCAAGGCACGCUUUCGCACCACGUCUUCGGUGAAGACUCUCAUGAGGAUCACGGUAUCAGGCCUGUCGAUUGCAGCCGAAGACCUCGGAUAUUGGCUGCGCCUCCACUCGGGAAUAUUGAGGUUGGCAGAUGCUGGCAUUGCGGGUUUUUACCUGGAUGAGCGUGGUAUCGAUGUUGCUAUUGAUGUGGAGGUUGGAAAGGAGCGGCUUGAAGACAUAUUGACGCUGCACAAUGUCCGCGUUCGCAUCCACCAUCUCAAUUACAGCCUCCGAAAGAGCAAGUUUUCCUGGCUCGCUUGGCUACUCAAGCCUCUGAUUCGGCCAACCGUCAAGGCCGCAUUGGAAGCCCAGAUUGCGGCCAGCAUUGGCGAGCUGCUUCAUUUCGCCAACAGAGAACUCCUCUUUGCACGCGAACGAUUGAGGGCCACUCGUAUUGCCGACCCGCAGGAUAUGUGGACAUUCCUCAAAGCCGUGGCGGCCAGGCUGGUGCCCCCCGAGGACCCCGAUCUGUACACCCGUGUGGGUGUCGCGCAGCCUGGACGGGGAGUUUUCAAGGGUGUAUAUGCCCCUGGCAGUCUCGUCAAAAUGUGGAACGAAGAGGCUGCGCUGGCAGGCGACAGAGUGCACGAGUAUCAACAAGACGGGUGGCGCAAUUCCAUCUUUGAUGUCGGAACAACAGGCACAACGCUUUAAUGUUGCACCGAGUAGUGCGCGCGCGGGUAAAAUGGCGCAGUCGCUGUCACACCAGGGGAGCACAACGGUUGAGGCAGCCAAGGAUGAGGGCAAAACAAGACCAGGCACGGUAUGGAGUCGAAACUGCAAGACGUUUUCUCUCUCUCUCUCUCUCUCUCUCUCUCUCUCU